CCCAUUGUGGGGCCUUAUUAGGAUAAGACAUAGCCUCGCCAGAGCAAUGAACCCUCAUCAGCCACUUCCUUCCACCCGUGGGUUUCCGUGCAAUGAAGCUUUAAUGUGUGGGCUCCAAACCCGUCUCUCAGAAUGGUGUCACAUUAGGUGUGUGACAUGAGUUGCUGGGAACUCCCAGGGGGAUUAUUCUCUCUGUACCCAGAAAUGCUGUGGUUUGCUAUGAUGCUGUUUAUCAGAACUCUCUGUCCAUGUGUGAUAAAUAACUCUUUUGUUUCCUGAAGGUGAGUCUCCUGCCAUCCGUCUGACGGCUUCUUCAAUCCAGCACACUGUGCCCAUGACCCUUUUCCAGACCACGGCUGCAAGCACCACAUCAGUGGCUGUUGCAGUUCCAACCCUGCCCCUGCACCCUGUAGUUUCAUCACAGCACUUUGCUGAGCCUGCUCAGACAGAAGCUUUUGUAUCACCUGGGCUCAAUUUCUCCCUGAAGAGACCUGCACCCGUUUUCGCUGAGAGCUUCAGCAACAGAAACCCAAGUAACAUCAGCAGCACUAGUGGCAGGUUUUCUGUCUCUAACACUGAGAUCCCAGGGAUUCCUGUUUUUCCUAGAGGCAUAGCUCUCCCCCAGGCUACACCUUUUAUUCCCUCACCUGCCUAUGUGUCUGCUCCCAUUGGACAGCCAGCCAGUUUGUUUGGAGGAACUCCUCAGUUUCCAUUUUGCCAGCCUUCCUUUAUACCUGGACCUCGGUGUUUCCCCUCAAGCACAUUCCCACUCAGAGCUCCGUUUGGCUACAGGAAUUUCUCCAGCUCAGUGCCUCAGUGCUUUGGCUUUUAUGAGGAGAGGAACCAGAGGCAGGAGGUGAUAUUUUCCACUGUGGAUGAAGACUAUCAUUUCAGGGCAUACUCAGAGGAGAGGCUAUGUGAGAACCAGCCUGUCUGUAGGAGCCCUGAAAUCGUGUCCUGUCAGAGCACCUGCAGUGAGGAGCGAAUUCUGAGCCCCCUGCCACAGCUGGAUGUGGGAGUGGUGGAGGAAGUUUUGCCAUCCCCCCCAUCUUCUCCCUCCAGUACUUACAUUGUCAAUGUAACUGACAGUGAUGAGGAAGAGGAAGGAAAGUUUUUUCAAGUAUUGUAAUUUUAAAAAGUUAUUAUAAUCCAGAGCAAUAUUAUAGAAUGGGAAAUAAACAUUUUCCUCAACACCA